UGUUUCACUUACGAUUUUUUCUUUCCGACCCCAUUGCAUUGCGCAGUGGUAUAAAUUCGAUUACCGCUUCGAGGUGCCUUUAUUUCAAUCCAAAGCACCUACCUUAUCAUUCAAAUAAUAUUCCAUCGUCCAGCUGCAGUGAUUUUAUACAAAAAUUUGCCAUUUUCGCGACACGUGCCCCUGCAUAAGCUCGACAACAUUAUUAACAUGAAGAUUUUAAUCGGAUACUGUGUUCUCUGCAUUUUUCUGAUAGAAGUGCAGGGUAAACCGCAAAUAACGAAGCUAUUCCCGGUUAAAGAAUUGGCAGCAUUUCACGAGAGGACCAACGACAUAAAACCGCUCGACAAAUUCCUUGGCAAGCUACGAGCUGGUUAUAAUUUUGUUUUCAACCGAGCCGAGGACACGAGUAACGUUGAGAAAAUUUUGUCAAACGAUGAGCCGAACCCAGACGUCGAAGCGCUGAAAUUGAUCUGGGCGAACGUGAUCAGCCCUCUGCCAACCGCUUCGAGUGUCAAUAAGGAAUCCGAUUUCACCUUAGGGCGGGCAUUCGAUACGGAAAGCAAGAAGGAAAACGAAAUAUCGAGAGGAUCUCCCGCCCCGGAAGCUGGGGAAAAAUCGGAGAAGGACAACUGGCUCGAUGGAAUCGAGGCGCCGAAAAGCGUCGGCGGAUUAGAACUGCAGGAUAAUUCGGACGACGAUAGCGUCGUCGAAACUACGACGCCGACGACUCUCCAAUUGCCAGCGGCUCUUGGACGACAUUUGUUGGAAUGGCUCGGAAGUCUCCUCGGCUUAACUUACGGGGCUUACACCAGGGUGGCUCAGGCCAUAAAGCAGUAAGAUGUGCUCCGUCGAGAGAUGAGAAAAAACAGGAUGUAAGGGAAGUUGAUUUUUUAUCCGCCGUCAGACUCCGCAAAAUCCGCACUCUGUAAUGGAUCGAAUAUUGUAUCGAUUACGUUAGAAGGAUAAGUAAUACAAUCUUAUAGUUGUAAGAAACUAUUGCUGUUUGUAUAAAUAAUAAAUAUGCUGUAUACUUACCCUGUUCGUGCAAUUAAAAAUAUUGUCUAUUGAAUCUGGGGGGUAUUUUGAAAAGAGUUUGGCUCUUCGUCUUUGCGGCGCAUUAACGGAUUGGAAAAUGGAAUUUCGGUUUAACUGUAUAAUCGUUGAUUUUCACUGUUGUUUACGAAACGACAACUCUUCACUAGGUUUCUUUUUAUUCCAAAAUAUCUCGAUCAGAAAAAUACAUGUGUAUGUGAUUUUUGGCAAUCAGUAUCAAUAUUAUACAUAACAAGACUUUUGUUGAGUAAAACGUAUUGUACCUACAUCGUAAAAUACAUCAUCACUGUCUAAAUGAUUGUUUAAAAAAUUAUAUAGUCUAGUCAAUCUCGAAAAAGUUCUUAAAAAUGAAUCGAUCGAUUCACAGUCAAUAAAAAUUACAGUCAAAUACUGACAUGAAUAUGUAAGAUCUUUGGCUCUAUCAUUAUGCAGUAUUAUGAGAUGUACAUUACACGUUAUAUCGUCAUAAAAUUAUCAAGACGCAAGGGAAUCCCUAGAAUUAGAUAAAUUAACUAUCGUUAUUAUGAUUACUUGUAUAAUUAUACACUGGUGGGAACAUCGUCCGAUUACAUUAUGAGAGAGAGAAAAAAAAGUUUAAAAAAGACCAGCUUCGGCCUAAUCAUGUUUGUACAAUCUAUUGAGUUAAUCAGACGAUGACGUGAUGAAUUUGAAUAAAGUUAAAUCACACGUCAGCGUAUGGAAUAAGGUACUCCGAAUUUUUGUUAACUUUAUGACAAUAUUAAAAUUAAUAAAGUAUAUUAUUAAUUACAUAGUUAAGUGAGUUACCGAUUAUCAGCUGAUCCCUAAUACAAAAAAAUCUCGAAAAUGCCUAUAAAUAAAAGCAGAUCAAAACGUUACUGGCUCAAUCAUCGAUU